ACCCCGGCUCUGCCCCACUCCUCACUUUCAGGGCUCUUUCCUGCUUGAUUUUUCUCCCUGGUUCGAAUCACCGUCUAACACGUUAUACUUUUACUUUGAUGCUUCUGUUGUCUUUUGGUCACCGCAGUGGAUAAUGUUAGCGCAUAGGAUUUAACUAAGCAUCAGCACGAGACGUCAACAUCACUGAAUACUAGGUAUUUAUCCAGCGCCAACUGCAUGCGCCGCCUAGCGCUGGGGGCGGGAAGGGAUGGGAAGAGGAAAAUGACACAUCACCCAGGGUUUAUCUUCCUGGAAACCUGCUCGGGACGCCCUGAAACUAAGAAGAUAUAACUGCAGCCAUGAGCAGCAAUGAGUGCUUCAAGUGUGGACGAUCUGGCCACUGGGCCCGGGAAUGCCCUACUGGAGGAGGCCGUGGUCGUGGAAUGAGAAGCCGUGGCAGAGGUGGUUUUACCUCGGAUAGAGGUUUCCAGUUUGUUUCCUCAUCUCUUCCAGACAUAUGUUAUCGCUGUGGUGAGUCUGGUCAUCUUGCCAAGGAUUGUGAUCUUCAAGAGGAUGAAGCCUGCUAUAACUGCGGUAGAGGUGGCCACAUUGCCAAGGACUGCAAGGAGCCCAAGAGAGAGCGAGAGCAGUGCUGCUACAACUGUGGCAAACCAGGCCAUCUGGCCCGUGACUGCGACCAUGCGGAUGAGCAAAAGUGCUAUUCUUGUGGAGAAUUUGGACACAUUCAAAAAGACUGCACCAAAGUGAAGUGCUAUAGGUGUGGUGAAACUGGUCAUGUAGCCAUCAACUGCAGCAAGACAAGUGAAGUCAACUGUUACCGUUGUGGCGAGUCAGGGCACCUUGCACGGGAAUGCACAAUUGAGGCUACGGCUUAAUUAUUUUCCUUUGUCGCCCCUCCUUUUUCUGAUUGAUGGUUGUAUUAUUUUCUCUGAAUCCUCUUCACUGGCCAAAGGUUGGCAGAUAGAGGCUACUCCCAGGCCAGUGAGCUUUACUUGCCGUGUAAAAGGAGGAAAGGGGUGGAAAAAAUCGACUUUCUGCAUUUAACUACAAAAAAAGUUUAUGUUUAGUUUGGUAGAGGUGUUAUGUAUAAUGCUUUGUUAAAGAACCCCCUUUCCGCGCCACUGGUGAUUAGGGAUUAAUGAAUGGGAAGAGUUGAGUCAGACCAGUAACCCCAUUUUGGGUUUCUUGAAUAUGUUCCCAUGUAGGAGGUAAAACCAAUUCUGGAAGUGUCUAUGAACUUCCAUAAGUAACUUUAAUUUUAGCAUAAUGAUGGCCUUGGAUUGUCUGACCUCAGUAGCUAUUAAAUAACAUCAAGUAACAUCUGUAUCAGGCCCUCCAUAGAGCAUACAGUUGAGUGGGAGUAAACAAAAUAAAAAGAGAAACAUGCGUGUUAAUGGCUGUGCAAGAGAGAAAUCGAGAUAAAAGCCUAAACAGGAAGAACUUCAUCACAGCAUUGAUGCUGGAUAUACAGACGGUGAUGGCAAAGGUUUAGAACACAUUUUUUCGAAGACUAAAUCUAAAACCUAGAGUAAACAUCGAUACUCAGAGUUAGCAUAAUUUGGAGCUAUUCAGGAAUUGCAGAGAAAUGCAUUUUCACAGAAAUCAAGAUGUUAUUUUUGUAUACUAUAUCACAUAGACAACUGUGUUUCAUUUGCUGUAAUCAGUUUUUAAAAGUCAGAUGGAAAAAGCAACUGAAGUCCUAGAAAAUAGAAAUGUAAUUUUAAACUAUCCAAUAAAGCUGGAGGAGGAAGGGGAGUUUGACUAAAGUUCUUUUUGUUUGUUUCAAAUUUUCAUUAAUGUAUAUAGUGCAAAAUGCCAUAUUAAAGGGGAAUGUGGAGGACUGAAAGCUACCAGUUUGGACUUUUCUUUCUGUACUCACUCAACCAUGUCUUCAGUAAUGAAAAUAGCCAUUGUAAAGAAGCAAAGGACUUAAAUAUUUUGGUGUCAGUUAUUUUGUAGGAGUGUAGAAAGCGACAUUUUCUUUGUUAUCCUUUAUGAUAACAAAGGUAGUUCUGCGCUCCUUAACUGUUCAGUACAUAGUACAUUGCUCUUUUGCAGCAUUAUCAAAUUUUCCAUGGACUUCACAAAGAUCUUAAAUGUUGGGUUCCUUAAUUUUCUAGUUUUUAAUUUUAGGAGUUGAAAUGGGCUUUAGGAGUCAUAUGGUUUAAUGGACUCAUUUUAUGGAUGAGUUAAAGUUUAACUUGCUUGAAGGAUGCACAGCUAGAGCCUAGAACCUCAAGUAUCCUCAUCCCAUCCCCUACUCCCACCCCCCAAAUUAAAUUAGUGGCUUACAUUUUGCUGACUUAGUUCAUUUUUAUUUUUCCCUCCACACUUUUGGUUAAUUUCUAAUGGCAUAUCAUUUGAGUGUUAAGUUGUUGGUUUCUCAGUUGUGCAGUGUACACUCCAGCAUUUUCAAAUUAAUAGUCCCAAGCAGGCAAGAAAAUGAGAUAAUGGCAUACAGAUAGAUGGAUUUCCUUAUGAGUACAAGCUUAUAUAAUUUUUUUAAAUUCCUGACAUGGUUAAAUUUUACUGAACAAAUGCUGUAUCUCAGUUAAUUAAGCACAUAUUGUGUGUGUGUGUGUGUGUGUGUGUGUGUAUGUGUAUGUAUUAUACUUGAUCUUUUUAGUUUCUACCACAAUGAAGAAACAGCAUAAGACCUAUUUUUGAAGGCAUCACUGCUAAAUGUUAGUUGAAUUCAGGAGUGGGCCAGAUUUCUAUCUUCGGGUAGGAAAUUCCAGAACAUAGCACAUGAGAUGCGCUAUGAUUCUUAGUCACCCCAGUUCUGGAUAAUAGUACUUUUAGGGCAGGGACACAGUUAAAAGUUAGAACUGCUUUGUUUUCACAUAACCAUUCCAUUGUGCUUCACAUGUACCUACUGCAGUUGAUGAUAUACAUUAUUAAGGACCUAGUCCCAGCAGACUUGGUAAAAUACAGUUUAUGUGCAUUGACCUUGGUGACACUGAGCAAAUGCAACAUGAAAAUGUAUAUUUAACAAGGAAAUUAAUUAUAAGAGCCAGUGUGCAGUAGGAAUUAGUGCUUUAUUGAGAGACUUGGUUUUAAGGUGCCCCCCCUCCUUUUUUUUUUAAACUGAGUUUAAAAUAGAGUUUUCUUGUGUGUCUGAAAAAGACAUUGACUGCUCAUUCUGUCAGUGAGGAACUUGAACAUUGAUGCAUUAGUAGUUUUGUCAGUGAGGAUGGUUUGGAGAGGGUAGCAAAUUUCACCUUUGUGUAAAAAACCUGAAUUCUUAAGUUGAAAUGAAUUCCUCCUUCCCAGGGAGACAUGGACUAAGAAAACAAAUCCCUUGUGUAUUUUUCCAGUAUCUGCCGAGUCCAUCCCUAAAGGUUAGGUAAGAGGUCAUGGAUAUUUCUCCUUACGUGGGUUGAGGGAGAGAUUUAUGGAGGUACUGCAAUGAAUUAGGCAUUGUCCAAUCAAUAAAACUCCGUCUUGCUUUUGCCUUUCUCAUAAGUUUUUGCUAUCUUGUUCCCUACUUGAUUAGUCUUAAUAACCAUAGUUCAUCAACUACUGGAAUAGUUGAGUCACUACAACCUCUUUAAGCUUCAUCAGUGACUUAACACAUCGACGUCACUCUUUCCCCUAAAUUUAUUUUGGAAAAUUUCAUGAACAGUUAGAAGGCUUAAUUAAUACGUUAAACAUCUGUAUGUAUGCCCUCCACCUAGAUCCAAUAACUGGUAUUUUUUGCUGAGCCAUCUGGAAGUAAGUUAUAGGUGUGGCAUUUCACCCUGACUAUUCAGCAUACAUCUCUGAAUCUCUUCUGAAGAAUUUCUUCAUAAUCACAAUACCAUUACCACACUUAACGGAAUUUUACAUUUUCAGGUAGUUCAUUUGUCCCAUAGAAGUUUCAAAGCCAGUUUUUCUAAACCAGGAUCCAGUAGGGGUUAUAAAUUGCAUUUGGUCAAUAUGUUUGUUUAGUUUUUCUUAACCUAAACAGUUCUCCCAUUUUUUCCUCCAUAACCUUGACUUUUUCAUUGAUGUUGCAGAACAGUUUCCUCGAAUGCCCCAUAUUAUAAUCAAUUUCCUCAUGGUUUCAGUUAACUGGUUCUUUUGUAUUCUCUAUAUCCUGGUCUAGAGGCUUGAUUAUUAGGUCCAGUUUAAACUUUUUUUGGCAAAAGUGUUCAAUGGUGUUGGGGACUUAUGUUGCUUUAGUCAUUUCUGUUGAUGCAGAACUUGACCACUUAAACACCAUCUCCCAGAUUUUUUCACUGUAGUGGUAUACAUUUCCCUUGGAAAUUGAGUAAUUUAUUUCCUGAUCCUUCUGCUUAGUGCAUAUAACAGUUAUUAACCAUUGUGCCUUUGCUUUCUGUGUGUAACCUUGUUGCACAACUGAUAGGGAUGUAGGAUGUAACACCACUGGUGUAGCAAAACCAAGUCAUCCUGGGAGGAAUGGUUUUUAAUGUUCUUUAAAAAUAAAGACUGGAUAUCACUAAAUUAAAAAAACACACAGGGAGUAGUUGGUUUUCUUAAUAGGAAUAGUCACAUCUUAGUUGAAGUUAUGGAAAAAAUCAACAUCCAAAAUGGACAGUUAAUAUGUGGUGCCUUGAAACAUUUAGGGAAGAUUCUAGAUAUUGUGUUUGAGUUGCUUUGAUUUUUUAAUAUGUUAAAUUAUUCAUAGAACAUACCAUCCUUAUUAGCAUGCAGCAAUUGUAGGGUCAGGAGAUCAGGCAUUUGGUUUUCUAGUCAUGGCCGAGUUUGAGACAUUUUCUGUGGAAAAUAAAGUGGUCCACAUAGCUAUAAGCAGAAAGCUGUUUUAGCACCAUUUUCUAAUUGAGAAUUCCAAUUAAUUUUAGCAAAGCAGCAAUAUUUUUAGCUGUGUUUCAUAGGGUUUGGGUCUUUGCUUAUCUAGCAAAACAGUUUUUUAAAAAUGUGUGAAUUUGAUGGCCUGUGCAUUCUUGCUUUGACACUUAAAACAAUUUGAAAAGGUUCCCCUUUUCCCUUUAGUAGGUCAAGAAUUCCACAUCUGCUCCAGUGAACUAAUGCUGCAUUGUACAGUUAAUUGUGGGUUACAGUGAAUAGAAUUAAUGUAUUGGCACAUUGGUUACAUUCAAGGCACUCCUGCACAUCGAUUUGUGCUUUUAGGAGUUCACACAGUAUAAUUAGGACAUAACAUUUCUCUUGGAUCAGUAGCAUAGAACAUUGGGGAGCUUGACAGUUUUACUGUUUUCCCGGGUAACACUUGGAUUGAGCUGCCUCUAGUACAGGCACAUUUGCAAUUUUGCCUAUUUAAAGUGCCAGAAGUAAAGCCUUUAGGUUUUUCACGUGCUAAAGAACAGUUUUUUUAGUGCAUGUGUCUUUUAUCAUCUCUUCCUAUUCCCUCUUAGAUGUAUUUACUUUUUUCCUUUCCCCUUGUUUUCUUUGAUUUUCCUCAUUGGUUUGUCAUCCAGGACAAACUGUCAAGAUUUCCUUUGACCUUGUAUUCUUUACAGCCUAUUCUAAAUGAGAACAGUAGCUGGCAUCAUAAGGUUUGAACAUAACCAGGAGGCUGAGAGCAUUUUUCUUUUUCUGGAUUGGGGACUUUAAAGAUUUCUAAUUUUUUAUUUUGCUUUCCGUUACUCUUAAUAUUUUAAAAAUAAUAUUCCGAAAUUGGAUACCUUGAGCCAUUGUUAUUCGUAGGAUAAUACAGUGAUCUUUUUUUCCCCUUCCAUGCUUGCCUAGAACAGUUAUCCUAAGACUAGUAAACAUAUGCCAAUUUGUUGGCAAAGGCAAGGUUGAGGCUCUUUGUUUCAGCAUCGGAUUCUGCCUAAGGCAUCUAUACUUGUACGUCAUACAUAACACUUCCAAAUUUUAGACCAAAUCUUGGCACCAGUAAAGUCCAAACCAGUUAACUGGGCUCACAUGUUCUGCUCAUGCUUACUUGGCUAGAGCUGCAUUUGUUUUUCACACAGUAGUGAUGAUAGGGAAGAUUUUUGUUGUAAUAAUAAAGAUCUAAAGUAAAAACAUCUUAAGUGGUCUGGUCUGAAAGAGCAUAGAAGCUGCUGGGAGCCUUGUUUGAUUGGAUCAUAGAGUAUAAGGGGAAAAUUUUCCAAAAAAGUUUUCUGAUUAUUGUGAAACUAGAAUGGAAUUUGAUCAGUUUCUUUGAACAGAGGUAAAUCUUACUUUUUUUGAAAGUAACAAUCUAAUUUAAACCUCCAUGUUUUAAAAACUGGUAAUAAGUUCUCUAAAAGAUAUUAAGUGCUUUGUUUUUGCAAUGGACCCUAGUAAGCACUUGGCAAUCUAGUUGUGUGACCUGAAAUAUUAGGGACUACUGUCAAGAUCUUUUAAGUGCUUACUGUGCAAAAUGUAGUUAAGUAUAUUACUGUGUUCUAGAUAUAACUCUUAAAGCAGUUAAAAGUAUUAAUCCUAACGAUUUUAUUCAGUAGAUAAUACUAUAAAAUACCCUUUUACCUGGAAAUGAAGGCACAGAAAUUUGGCUUAAAUUUGUCAGGGUUGCGUCCUGCGUGUCAUUUUAUAAGCUCCUUGGGUGAUUAUAAUGUACCUUCGGAUUGAAAACUACUUGGUUAGGUAACUUAACCGUGAGGUCAUAGCCCCAGCGGUAGAGUUGAAUUUUGAGAAAAGGACUGAGUUUAGUGUUUGUGCUCUUAAUUAACAUGGUUUAUAUUUAGAUAUUAUUUAUUGUUUGCUUUAGAUGUUAGAGCAUUCAUUAAACAUAACUUUCACAUCUAUUCCACGUUCAAAUCUACCACAAAACUUGAGAAGGAAGUUAACUGUAAGUACCUUGUAUAGCAAGCUGUUGUAUUAAACCAUUCCCUUAGGGAAUUAUGUAUCUGAUGGCAAUGAUGGUGUGAAUGGUUUUUUUUAAAUUAACAGAUUGUUUUUUUCACACUCUUUUCUACUCCUUCAUUUGUCAAAAACAUACCUUUCUGAAUGGGCCUGAGGAGGCAAAGUCAGUUCCAUUCAACAGUUAGGUGCAUGUGAGUCAUGAUACUUCCUGUUCUUCCCCCCUCUGCUCUUGUGGGCCUUAUGUAUCAGCACUGCAUUUUUUUGUUUCUGUGACCUGGGAACCUGGGCCCAAAAGUUUAGGUUUUCCUUGUCUCUUCCACAGAACGUUGUUAACCAAGUUUAGUCAAAAAUAAUUGGGUGGCAGAGGAGUAAUUCCGUGAUUUCUCAAUAAGUGUUUUUCCAUUUGAUUGAGAUAGGCUUCUUUCUCAAGAUAGGAGCACUGCUACUUGCACUUUUAUCAUCCAUUUCAUUGUCUUGCCUCCACAGAAUACCUGUCCCCUUCUCUUGCAUCCGGCUUGAAUACUCCUUUAGUUCCAGUCUGUUUGCCUGUUUGUACCCUCAUUAGUGAUGGUCGUUUGGAGCAAGGUUAUCAUGAGGCCUCCAUGCAAAGUGGAUGCACUUGGGUAGAACAGGGUGAGCCGUUCCCCACAAGGAUGGGGUACUGAAGUCAUUCUACAUACCACAUUCAACCUUCCUGAGGCCACAGAGAUUCACAUAUUAGGCACAGGGGCUCAGGAUGUUUCUUAGUACUUGAAGUUCGGGUGGUGUACCUGCCACUUUAUGAGGUAAAUUUAUAUGGUCAUUGGAACUUUUACAAGCCUGACUGAAAAUUGAUUAAGCCUGGAUUCAUGCUUUUAAGUCUGGGAGAAUGUCUCUGGCCCUGUUUAGACAUCAACCAGCUUAGGGGCAUUUUGUUCCAUGCUUCCAGGUGGUUUUUAAUGGAAAUGAUAGAAACUAUUAUUUGUGCAAGUGAUGUGGUCUAAUACAGAUGAAGUGACACUUGUCUCCAAGCUGUGACCAUCUGCUUGUCCAUUAAUAUCAGUGAACCUGAUAACAGAUAUGACAGAGGUCAAAGGUUGCACUGACCCAUUUCUUUGAAGAGAACAGAAACUUCAUAGGCAAAAUUUUUGUUUUGUAACUUGUGGAGGAUUAGUGGUUUUCGUGAUUUCAGGAAUUAGUUUUCCUAAAUGCCAAGACUGACUUCCAAAGUUGCUUCAUCAACUAAAUUUCUGAAUCAGAUCAUCAAAAAAAAAAAAAAAAAAAAAAAAAAAA